CUUUUGAUUUGGAAAGAAACACUUGGUAACAAAUAUGACUGAGUUCUGGCUUAUAUCUGCUCCUGGGGAGAAAACAUGUCAGCAAACAUGGGAGAAAUUGCAUGCAGCAACUACAAAGAACAAUAAUCUUGCUAUUACUUCAAAAUUUAACAUUCCUGACUUAAAGGUUGGCACACUUGAUGUCUUGGUUGGUUUGUCGGAUGAACUGGCUAAACUGGAUGCAUUUGUAGAAGGGGUGGUUAAGAAAGUGGCUCAAUAUAUGGCUGAUGUAUUGGAAGAUAGUAAAGAUAAAGUUCAGGAGAAUCUGUUGGCCAACGGAGUUGACUUGGUUACUUAUAUAACAAGGUUUCAGUGGGACAUGGCUAAAUACCCAAUCAAGCAGUCCCUGAAAAAUAUUUCUGAAAUAAUUGCCAAGGGAGUGACUCAGAUUGACAAUGACCUGAAAUCUAGAGCAUCCGCAUAUAAUAACUUGAAAGGGAAUCUUCAGAAUUUGGAACGGAAGAAUGCAGGAAGUUUGCUAACUAGAAGUUUAGCAGAAAUUGUGAAGAAGGAUGACUUUGUUCUUGAUUCAGAGUAUCUCGUCACAUUACUGGUCGUGGUUCCCAAGUUAAACCACAACGACUGGAUUAAGCAGUAUGAAACACUAGCUGAAAUGGUAGUUCCAAGGUCUAGCAAUGUACUCUCAGAGGACCAAGACAGUUACCUUUGCAAUGUCACCUUGUUUAGGAAGGCAGUUGAUGACUUCAGACACAAAGCCAGGGAAAACAAAUUCAUCGUUCGUGACUUCCAGUAUAAUGAAGAAGAGAUGAAAGCAGAUAAAGAAGAAAUGAACAGGCUUUCUACUGACAAGAAAAAGCAGUUUGGACCACUUGUACGGUGGCUGAAAGUAAAUUUCAGUGAGGCGUUUAUUGCGUGGAUUCAUGUGAAAGCGUUGAGAGUUUUUGUUGAGUCUGUCUUAAGGUAUGGCUUGCCCGUGAACUUCCAAGCAAUGCUCCUUCAGCCCAAUAAGAAAACAAUGAAGAAACUAAGAGAAGUAUUAUAUGAAUUGUAUAAACAUCUAGACAGCAGUGCAGCAGCUAUUAUUGAUGCUCCUAUGGAUAUUCCAGGCUUAAACCUGAGUCAGCAGGAAUACUACCCCUAUGUGUACUACAAGAUUGAUUGCAACUUGCUGGAAUUCAAGUAAAAAAGAGCUCCUUCCCAGACAAUCCUGUCCUUGUGUUGGUGUAUUCUAACAGAAAUAGGUUACAGUAUGACAGUACUUUUAACUCUCUAUUGUCCUUUGCUUGCUUCUGACCCCCCUCUCCUAGGUGAGUUCUUCUGUAGUGGUCCAUUUCUCAGUAUUUUCUUGUUCAAGGAGAAUAGAUGUCUUAUUUCUUUUUAUUGAUCAGGUCUGUAAAUGUGUACUAAAAAAAAAAAUCAGAGUUUAUUUAUAAACAGAAUAGUUUAUUUAAAGACAAGGUCUUUCCUCAUUGUGGUAUGCAUUAAUUCCAUUUGUUACUGUUGUGCACAAAAACCUUGUUUACAAGGGAAUGGUAAACGUUUAUACCAUUUUGUUCACUGUAUUUAGUAGACAUAACUGUUUAAUAGUGACUGAAUGAUGAUGUAAAGAAAUGUGACAAUAUUCAGGUAUGUGCUUUCUAAAUGUUUCAAAUUACAAUCUGUGAGCACUGUUGACACCCACAGGAGAGAAUAAAAUGACCUGUGCAAAGGUG